CUUGGGCGGCGGAGGCGGGCGAGGCAGGUGCGCGAUGCGAAGGAGCGCGGCAGGGAGACGAUCCGGUCAGUUCCUGCUAGCUGCCAGUGAGAGCAUGACCCAGACACAGGUUUCCAGGAGCUGAAAGAGGCCCGACUGCCCAGCCCCCGGCCGCCAUGUCUGUCUUUGCGGAGCACUUCUGGGGAGAGAAGAACCAGGGCUUCGACGUCCUGUAUCACAACAUGAAACAUGGGCAAAUCUCGGCCAAGGAGCUGGCGGACUUCGUGCGGGAGAGGGCGGCUGUGGAGGAAGCCUACGCCAAGUCCAUGGUCAAGAUGUCCAAGAUGGCCGGCAACAGCACCCAGCUGGGGACCUUUGCCCCCCUCUGGGAGGUCUUCCGCAUCUCCUCGGACAAGCUGGCGCUGUGCCACGCGGAGCUGGUGAAGAAGCUGCAGGAUCUCCUCAAAGAGAUCGGCCGCUACGGGGAGGAGCAGCUGCGAGCCCACAGAAAGUCGAAGGACGAGGUGGCCGGGACCCUGGAGGCCGUCCAGCAGCUCCAGGGGGCGGCCCAGCACCUGCCCAAAGCCAAGGAGGCCUUCCACAGCCGCUGCCAGGAGCUGGAGAGGCUCCGCCGGGAGGGCGCCGGCCAGAAGGAGCUGGACAAGGCGGAGCUGAAGUCCCGAAAGGCCAUGGAGGCUCUGCGACGCACCGUGGAGAAGUACAACGCGGCCCGUGCCGACUUUGAGCAGAAGAUGCUGGACUCGGCCGUGCGGUUCCAGGAGGUGGAGGAGUCGCACCUGCAGCACCUGAAGGCCCUGGUGGGCUCCUACAUCCACUCGGUGGAGGACACCCACGUCCAGAUCGGACAGGUGCAGGAGGAAUUCAAGCAGAACAUGGAGAACAUCGGGGUGGAGACGCUGCUGCGCAACUUUGCCGAGGGGAAGGGCACCGGCUGCACCCCGCCAGGGCCCCUGGACCUGGAGGAGCUGAGCAUGGCGUCCGCCUGGCAGGAAGGGCCCAAGCGCAGCCGCAGCAAAGCCUUCCGCAUUCCCGGACUCGGGCGCAAGGAGCGUGGGCGGGACUCGGCGGAGUCUCCGGAGGCGGAUUCGGGGCCCCCCGAGGUGGACGAGGAAGGAUUCACGCUCCGGCCGGAAACAAACCAGAAUGGCGAACACAGCAGCCGCUUCUGCUCGUCCAGUGACUCAGAUUACGACGACGAGGAGCCCCCCAAGUUCUACAUCCGGAUCAAGCCUGUCCAGCCCCCCGAGCGGGUGGGCAGCGCUGCCACCUCGGCCGCCACGGAGCAGCUCAAGGCCUCCGUGGGCAGCCUCAUCCUGCCGCCCGGCGUGGGGGGCACCAUGAAGAGACACUCCUCCCGGCACCUGAGAGCCCCCCCUUCGGCUGCUGCGGUGCCCACCGGCUCCGGCCCGGCCCCGGGCGCAGGGGAGAGAGGAGGUAAACCGGGAAGCGCUGGGACCCCCAACCUGGUGCCCCGGAUGAGCAGCGGUGAGAACAAAGGGAAGCCAGAGGCCCUUCCGGCCAGCGCCUUGUUCGGGCCCCCGCUGGAGUCGGCCUUUGAGAACGAAGCCUUCCCAGCCCCCCGAGCGUACCUGCUGGCCUCCAGCCCCUCCCCCUUCUCCUCCUCCUCCCCCGAGAACGUGGAAGACUCUGGCCUGGACUCCCCCCCGCACCUGGCCACGGGGCCCUCCCCGGACCCCCGCCUGUGGAGCUCCCGGCCGGCCACGCCCCUGAGCCCCCCGGGCCAGAGGACCCCCAAGGGGCCCCUGGCGUUCCGGGGCGGCCGUGGGGCCCUCCUGCACGAGGAGAGGCCCAACCCCUGGCUGCCCCAGCCCUCCGCCCCCCAGGACGCCCGCUCGGGGCCAGAGCCGGACUUUGCCGUGUCCGGGGCCUCCUGGCCCCCUGCAGGGGCCCGGGCCUUCUCCACCGGCUCCCCGGACCUCUUCUCCUCGGAGGCCGGGCUGGGGGGCCGGCGCCUCUGGGCCUCCCGACCUCGGAGCCCGGCAGCCUUGGAAGGGGCCCCUCGUACGGGGGAGCGCGACAGCUGCCUCUCUUCCAACUCGGCCUCCUCUUCCUCCUCCUCUCCGGCCCCCCUCAGCAGCGGGGACUCCACCAGCCCCUCCCCCUGGGCCCCCCGGGGCCGCGACCUGGACAGCCGGGGCCCCUCUGCCUCCGAUGCCUCCUCCGAUCAUGCGGCCUUCCCCCCUUUGGCCCCCCACGCCUGGCCCCCCAUGGCGGCUCCUGUCCGGCGAACCCUCUCCAAGAGGCCCUCGGCCGUGUCGGCCAGCAGCCUCGGGGGCGAGACGCCCCGCUCCUUCAGCCCAGCCCCCCUGUCUGCCCUGACCUCCUCCCAAAGCACCUCGGCCCUGACGGAGCGCGGCCUCUUCACGCCCAGCGAGCAGCCGCACCAGCCGCCAGCCCUGGGCGUCUCCCGUGGACCCUCCCCCGUGGUGCUGGGCUCCCAGGGCGCCCUUCCCGUGGCCACGGCCUUCACGGAGUACAUCCACGCUUACUUCAAGGGCCAGGAGGCGGACAGCAGCUGCCUCGUCAAAGUGACCGGGGAGCUGACCAUGUCCUUCCCGGCGGGCAUCGUCCGGGUCUUCAGCAGCGCACCGGCCCCCCCGGUCCUCAGCUUCCGCCUGCUGCACACAGCGCCCAUCGAGCAGUUCCUACCCAAUGCCAGCCUGCUCUUCAGUGACGCCUCUCAGAGCGACCCCAGCCGGCGGGACUUCUGGCUCAACAUGGCCGCCCUGACGGGGCACCUCCAGAAGCAGGCCGAGCAGUCAGGGACCGCCCCGUAUUACAACGUGACGCUACUCAGAUACCAGUACUCCCGGCAGGGGCCACAGUGGGCCCCCCUGCAGCUGUCGGUCAGCUGGGAGUGCGGCCCUGAGGCCACCCGGGUGAGCGUGGACUACCGCUACAACGCCUCCGCCCUGGCCUCGCCCGUGGCCCUCGCCAACGUGCAGGUGCUGCUGCCCAUCGAGGAGCCCGUGGCCAACGUCCGGCCCCAGCCCAAGGCCUGCUGGAACCUGGAGGAGAAGCGCCUGCUCUGGCGGCUCCUGGACGUGCCCAGCACCCAGGGCCAGGGAGGGUCCGGCCGCCUCCUGGCCAGCUGGGAGCCCUUGGACGGACCCAGCCGGCCCUCCCCAGUGGCCGCCCAGUUCACCAGUGAGGGCAGCACCGUCUCGGGAGCCGACGUGGAGCUGGUGGGCAGCGGCUACCGGAUGUCGCUGGUGAAGAAGAGGUUUGCCACAGGAAUUUACCUAGCCGGCUCCUGAACGUCGGUGGCCCUGGGAACCUCCCCCUCCGAGGCUUCUGGGAGGCAGAAAUAAUAUAUUUGUGUGUUUUAAAUUAUUUUUCGCCUGGAUUUUAAACGCUGGGGCGCGUGGGGGUGGGGUGGGGGCAGCCCUGCUGGAGGCCUGAGAAGUCAGAGGAGGAGUCGAUGUGCCCAGCCUGGAAGCCGCCACCGGUCAGCUGUCUUCCGUCCCUCCGCUUUGGCUGCGACUCUCCGUCCGUCCGUCUUGUGAAACGUGGCCAGUGGGCCCUGCCCCACGUGGGAAGCGGCUGAAGGGGAGGAGGGCGCGUGGGGAGGGGGGGGAAUCCUGGUCUUUUAAUAAACAGGUUUG